AUGACUGUGUGCAUGUGGCGAGCGUGGGCCAUCUACCUGGUCUUGGCUGCAAACCUCUCUGAGGAGCAGGUGCUGAAGCAGGCUUGUUCUUCAGCUGAUGCCACUGAGCUUUGCAACUGCUCUUCCAUGGGCUUGGACUUCAUUCCCCAGGGGCUAACGGGCAAAAUCAGAGUGCUAAACCUGGCUCACAACAGGAUAAAGCACAUCCGAUCCCAGGAUCUGCAGCAGGCUGUGAACCUGAGAACCCUGCUGCUGCAGUCCAACAAAAUCAGCUCGAUAGACGAGGACUCAUUUCUCUCCCUUGGGAAACUGGAGCUCUUGGACUUGUCAAACAACAGUUUGGCUCACUUGUCCCCUGCGUGGUUUGAGCGCCUUUUUUCACUCCAGCACCUCCACCUUCAAGGGAACUCUUACAGAGACCUGGGGGAAAGCUCCCCUUUCUCUAGCCUGAGGAAUCUGAGCUCUCUGCACCUGGGCAACCCAUGGUUCUCCACAAUAAGGCAAGGGAAUUUUGAGGGCAUUGAGCUUCUUGACAAGUUGUGGAUUGAUGGUGCCAAUCUCAGUCAGUAUGAGCCAGGAAGUUUGAAAUCAAUUAAGAAGAUAAAUUAUAUGAUCAUGAACAUCAGAAGCACUAAUCUCUUCUCAGCAAUCGUCAGUGACCUUCUGCACUCUGUUGAGUGGUUAGAAGUGAGAAAAAUAUCCUUCAGUGUACCAGCUGAAAUGCAGUUACUGAGAGUUUUGUCUUCCUCUUUUGCAAAGAAAAUUUCUUUUAAACAGACCUUUUUAACAGAUGCUACUGUGUCCGAGAUCAUCAGCAUUUUAGAAGACAUGCCAAAAUUAGAAGAGGUGGAGUUGAUAGACUGUAACCUCUCAGGAACUGGACACUGGGGAACAGAAAUCCAAGCAAACCAGUCAAAGACUCUUAGAAUUCUGACAAUAAGGAAAUUAAUUAUACAAGAAUUUUAUCUAUUUGGAGACCUUCACGCUGUGAAAAAUCUAGUAUCUCAUCUUACCAAAGUCACAGUCGAAAGCACCAAGGUCUUUUUAGUACCAUGCAGCCUCUCACAAAAUCUUCUGUCAUUAGUGUACCUGGACCUUAGUGCAAAUUUGCUUGGAGACCUGAGUUUGGAACAUUCAGCCUGUAAGAGUGGUUGGCCCUCACUACAAACUCUAAACUUAAGUCAGAAUUCACUAAGUAACUUAGAAAGGACAGGUAAAAGUUUGUCUCAUCUAAGCAACCUAAUUAUCUUAGAUAUUAGCCGGAAUAAUUUUGGUGAUAUUCCAGAUGUGUGUGAAUGGCCCAAAACCCUGAAAUAUUUAAACCUCUCCGGCACUCAACUUCCUAAACUAACAACCUGCAUUCCCCCCACACUGGAGAUUUUGGACGUUAGUGCUAACAGCCUGAGGGAGUUUGGGCUGCAGCUGCCAUUUCUCAGGGAACUGUACCUCUCUAGAAACCAGCUGAAGGCCUUGCCCGGUGCCGCCUCCAUUCCCAGCUUGGUGGCCAUGUCAGUGAGAAGGAACAAGCUGAACGGUUUCUCCAGGGAAGAGUUUGAGUCCUUCAAGGCAAUGGAGCUGCUGGAUGCCAGCGACAACAACUUCAUCUGCUCCUGUGAAUUCCUUGCCUUCAUCCACCACGAGGCCAGGAUAGCUCAGGUGCUGGUGGGGUGGCCGGACAGGUACAUCUGUGACUCCCCGCUGGCUGUGAGAGGGGCGCAGGUUGGAGCCGUGCACCUCUCCCUGAUGGAGUGCCACAGGUCCCUCGUGGUGUCGCUGAUCUGUGUGCUGGCAUUCCUGGCGGUCCUGGUGCUGGUGGGCCUCAGCCGCAAGUACCAUGCGGUCUGGUACCUGCGGAUGACUUGGGCGUGGCUCCAAGCCAAGCGGAAGCCGAAGCGAGCCCCCGCAAAGGACAUCUGCUACGACGCCUUUGUGUCCUACAGCGAGAACGACUCUGACUGGGUGGAAAACAUCAUGGUGCGGCAGCUGGAGCAGGCCUGCCCCCCCUUUCGGCUCUGCCUGCACAAGCGGGACUUUGUGCCCGGGAAGUGGAUUGUGGACAACAUCAUCGACUCCAUAGAGAAGAGCCACAAAACGCUCUUUGUGCUGUCAGAGCACUUUGUGCGGAGCGAGUGGUGCAAAUACGAGCUGGACUUCUCGCACUUCCGCCUCUUUGACGAGAACAACGACGCGGCCAUCCUUGUCCUGCUGGAGCCCAUCCAGAGCAAAGCCAUUCCCAAGAGGUUCUGCAAGCUGCGGAAGAUCAUGAACACAAAGACCUACCUAGAGUGGCCUCCUGAAGAAGAGAAGCAGGAGAUGUUUUGGUUUAAUUUGAAAGUAGCUCUAAAAUCCUGAAGAAGUUCAAGAACAGAGAGCUAAGCCACUGUAAAUUCCAUUA